GUCCCGCCCCUGCCAGCGGUGCCGCGCCGCAGCCGCCCCUCACUCAGCGCCGGCCGCCCUCGCUCGCUGCCCGCCGCGCUCCGCCGCAGCCAUGAUCGGGCAGAGGACGCUGCACUCCUUCUUCAGCCCCGCGCCGGCCAAGAAGCGCGGCCGCUCCCCGGAGCCGGGCGGCGAUUCUGAGGUGAGCGCCGCCAAGAAGGCGAAGGCAGUCGGCGAUAACGCGAGCCCGGCGCUGAGCGCGGAGCAGCAGGAGCGCAUCCGCCGGAACAAGGAGGCGGCGCGGCAGCUGCUGGCGGAGCGGAACGUGCCCCCGGGCUUCGGCGACAGCUGGCGGCGGCAGCUGGCCGGGGAGUUCUCCAAGCCCUACUUCGUGGAGCUGAUGGCGUUCGUGGCCGAGGAGAGGAAGCGCUACACGGUGUAUCCGCCCCCCGAGCAGGUCUUCACCUGGACGCAGAUGUGCGACAUCUGGGAUGUAAAGGUUGUUAUUUUGGGACAAGAUCCAUACCAUGGACCUAAGCAAGCUCACGGGCUCUGUUUCAGUGUCCAGAAACCUGUUCCACCUCCCCCCAGCUUGGAGAAUAUUUACAAGGAGCUCUCUGAGGACAUUGAGGGCUUCACCCACCCUGGCCACGGGGACCUGACAGGCUGGGCCAAGCAAGGGGUGCUCCUGCUCAACGCGGUGCUGACGGUUCGGGCUCACCAGGCCACGUCCCACAAGGAGAGGGGCUGGGAGCAGUUCACGGAUGCUGUGGUGUCCUGGCUCAACAAGAACCUGCACGGGCUUGUCUUCAUGCUCUGGGGAGCCUACGCCCAGAGGAAAGGCAGCUCCAUCGACAGGAAGCGUCACCACGUCCUGCAGACGGUUCACCCCUCACCCCUCUCUGUCAACAGAGGGUUUUUUGGCUGCCGGCACUUCUCCAAGACUAACGAAUUGCUCAAGAAGUCUGGGAAGAAGCCCAUUGACUGGAAAGCACUCUGAGCUGGGGCUGAGGCUUGGGAGCAGCCCCUGGGCCAGGGCUUGGGGCAUUUCUGAGAAACUCCUGCUGACCUGAGAGUUGUUCUUUGGGUGUUGAUCAAUGAACAAGCGACCAAACUUUCAGAGAUGGUUCUAUUUUUCUUUUAAAUGUUUAUUCUUCGAGAGCAUGUUGGAGUGUUUGGUGGACAGCUCUGCUGCUGGAACGGAUCUUAGCCUGGUUUGAAGCAAAAAAAAAAGACCCCAAACACCAGAGUUCUGUAUUAAUUUGUGCUUGUUGUGGCAAUGGGAAUUUAUUUUCAGAUUCUGGUGAAGGGAUGUCAGUUCUUACUGAGCUGCUCAGCUUUUGUGCAUGCUCUGCUGCCUCCUUCCCACACAAAUCCAGUUUGCCUAUUUAGGGGGAAUGGAGCUGUCUCCAUGGGAGGAAAAGGCUUUUGGUUUUAGCUUUUUGCUACAGAUUUAGUACAAAAAUGGCUUCUCAAGGCUCUAAAGAAAAUACAGGGUCAGGAGUGUUGCUUGGUGUAUCCAUGAUCUCAAGAUUUUGGGAUAAAUCCUCCCUUCAGCCACAGGGAGGCUGUGACCAAGACCCUUGGUAAUGCUUUUUGAAUUUUUUGUUGGCAUUCAGACAGGAAAAUCAAAAGGUUUUAGGUUCUUCCUGGGUGUGGAGUCACCUGGAUGACAGGUGAGCUGUGCUGAUCAAGGACCUGCGGGUAUUUGCUGAUGGCAGCAGCGAAGGUUUGUUCAUUGACAUCUCCCAAUUCAGGGACUGAUAGUUGCAAAUUACUUCAGAUCUUUUAAAGAUCUUAAAAGAGGGAACUUUGUGCUUUGCCACCUUGGGAGCAAAUUAAAGUUUCCACCCACUGUUGGCAAUAACUGUUAGGACUUCCAGGAGGAAGAGGUGUUGACUUCAUACUCCUGGGUUUCCAGCCCAUCUUUGACUUUGUAAUUCCUUUAAUGGAAGUGAAGAGCCUUUUUUUUUUGGAAAUGACACCAGUUUUUAUAGAAUAUCCUUGUAACCCUUCCUCUGGUGUUCUCUCUGAGCUAACACUAUCACCAGUGACUUUACACUGUCUGUGGCCUUGCUGUAUAUGUUGUUUGCUUGUUUUGGUUUUUUUUUUUCCCCGUGUGUUUUUUAAAUAAAAAUUACUUUGUUUA